GACAUACGCAGUCUGUGGUAGCGCUGUCGCGAGGACGGACGAGAUAACUCAGUAUUCGUCGUCACUUCGGUCCCGCGAGGGCUUCGUGACGGUCGUGCUCGAUUUCACGACUGUACGAAAGCGAGGAACGUCAUUCGGCCGAAAGAGGGAGUGAGAGGAAAAGAGAGAAAGAGAAGAAGGAAGAGUACCGCAUCCAGCGAGCUUGCCACACCGUACGUCUCACGAUGUUUUCCGGCCUGACGAAUCAGGUGUCCAAUUGGAUGGGCAAGAAGCCCGAGAACGGCGGCGAAUUGCCUGCCGAGCCCAAAGCCGCGUCCCCGGAAGCCGAGAUCGGCGGUGAUCUCGAGAAAAAGAACAAUACCAGUCCGAAAGGCAAUAAACUGGAAAUGUUCGCCGGAGUGAAGAAUCAAAUGUCCGGCUGGUUGAGCGGCGGAAUACCUGGAUUAAGCCGCGGCGCCGGGGCCGGCGAGGGUGAGGCUCCGCCACCGACUGAGACAGAAGAGAGCAGCCAGGUUCCUCAAGAGAUUCAGGCUGCUCCCGUCGGCGAGCAAGUAAAGGAUGACGAUGCAAGCAGGUGGGCUUCAGAUGCAACUGGCGGGGCAGACAGCGGACCGGCUAGUUUAGAGGGUACCCCGACUGACGACAAGAACGGACAGCAAGCUUUCGGUGCCGCUUCCGCGAAGGCGCUUGCGGGCGCGAAGAGUCUCGGUGGAUUCUUGUACAGCGCCGUGAACAAGGCCGGGAAGACCGUGGUGGAGGCCAGCGCAAAGAUCAAGAAGACCGUCGAAGAGAACAGGCUGAUUGCCGAACUCAACAAGGAACAGGAGGCUUUCAUAGCCAGUAAGCAGACCGAAAAGGGCGAGGCUGUUGCACCGUGGGUCGGCGCGCCGAACGAGGACGCGCUGCGCGAGGAGUGCCUGUCCCUCUCAACCGACCGGCGUAAUUUUGUGAGAGCACCACCGCCAGGCGUAGAAUUCGCUUGGGACUUCGAGGCCGUUCAGCCGAUGGCACAGGCCACCCUCGCCCUGGAUCCGAAUCUCGAAGCCAUGAGGUUCGAGCUGGUGCCGAAGGUUAUAUCCGAGGAGAACUUCUGGCGCAACUACUUCUACCGGGUGUCCCUGCUGCGCCAAGGCUAUGAGCUGAACUCGAUGGCCAGCCAGGCGGAAAGCAACCCCAAUCAAACCCUCGCCAGCACGGACAGCAUCGACCAUACUCAAGUUCAAAUGACCACUGGCCAGGCCACCACCGGCGCCACGACGACGAGCAGUAACAGCGCUGAUUCGCCAGGUCACGAGUUCGUGUCCGAUACCAUGAGAGUCUCGGACACAGACCUCGAGGAGGUCCGAGAGGGGAUGAAAAAGCUGGGGAUGCAGCCACCGAAAGCCUAAAAGAAGAGGAGAGUGCCCCCAUUAUCCAAAGCACACCCCCUCAAAAAUAUACAUGCUUCCCGCUCUCGAAAACUGACGAUUACUGUUAUCCUCGUCGUUCUCUUCCUCCUCCUCAUUCCCUCUCGCCUAUCUUUCUCUUUCUCCCACACCUGCCUUUUCCCAUUUUUUAUUUUUUUCGUGUUUUAAUCUUUCGUUUCCGUCGUGUUUGAUCGCGGAGCCGCCAACGGCACGAACGUUCCCACGAGACGAACGGUAUUGCCCUCCUUCGCGGCUGUUCGUUCCGUUUCCGAUCGGCCCACGCGAACCCGUACCAGUCGCAAGGAUCGGCUCGAUUGAACGCCGCGUCAGGCUCGAACCGACGAACGUCCGAGAAAAAAGAUGUGUCGGCGUCGAAAUGUCCACGUCGAAACGUGGCCUCCUCGCACUCUGACUCUAAUACGCUAAGUACAGACAGUCCGUAGCUCAGGGUUGCUUUAAUAACACCGCGAUCUUCGUAAUUAGACGACGGAGAGCCGAGAUGGUCGGGAAAACGAAUUUAAUUAGUUUAACAGAGACAAAUCUUGGCGUAAGCUAACUUUCAAGUCUCUUUUUUUCAUAUAAUCAGGUAACUUGGGUAACGUGGAGAAGUCCCGGGAGUGUUGUUUUUAUUUCCAAUCUCGUCUUACAUUAGAGGACCGCGGGAAUUUAUCUCGGUCGAGUCUCGAGAGCAUUUUUACAUUCCGAUAAAGGGCGUACCUUUGUUUCUCCAUCUAACGAGCGAUCGUCAUAUCCAGCGACGAUGUUGAUUAUCGGCUCUUCGGAAAAAAUACGAUAUUUCCGUAACGAUUCCUUUAUAAUUCGGACGUCCACGUGUCGCGGUCGCAUCGAGGAUACGGUUAACAGAUCGGCCUGCGACGAGACAAGCCUGUAAUCAGUACGCAGCCGUGUCGCGGCGCGUGUCGAUGCACGGAUGAAGAGGGUGUGGUGAAUGGUCAUCUGGGUGGAUUAACAAGCCGACUGGGUAGGUGAGCACAGAGAGAGAGAGAGAGAGAUACAACGUUGUUAUUAUAACUAUCAUCGAUGUCGCCGCUGGUUGGCUGUCGUUAAUCGCUAUCGCUCGAUCCUCGUUGAUAAGUUCGUAGAUCGACACGAACUCGCGACAAUGCAGCGUGAAAACGGCGGUAACGAGGAAUUACGAAUUAAGAACUAGCGUGGGUGAUGGGUAAAAAAACAAAAACAAAAUGAGGAUCGGAAAGACCGGCAGAAGAGGGUUGGACGAAAUCGGAGAGAAAUGUAUCGGGAUACUCCGGGAAAUGUUCACAUUCCGAAUAUUUCGAGCAUGAAAUAAUGUCUCUUCGUUUCGGAUAUUCGCGUCGGACGACCGUGCUCGAAAUCUUGCGUCGAGCUCGCCGAAUCGCGAAAUUCGAAGAUGAGACGCGACAGGAAGAAAACGGAAAUUCACGGAAGAAGUCCGAAAGGUCGUCGCGUCGUUGAACCGUUACGCGCCCGUGUGUGUGCGUGUACGCACGACAUACCAAAUAAUAUAGUAGAUAACGGUAGCAAUAACAGGGAGGGUGUGCGAGAGGAUGAGGAACGAGAAAGAAAGAAAGAAACGAACGGACGAAUGAGAUAACCACGCGGAACAGAGCAAAAAGAGAUACUAGGCCACACGUGUCGUUUGUAUUUCUGACCGUUUCGCUGUUGUCUCUGUAUUAAUUCCAAUUAAUGUAGCCUCUCUCUUCUCGACUCUCUCUCUCUCUCUCUCUCUCUCUCUCUCUCUCUCUCUCUCUNUUUCCUUCCGUGUCUCUUUGUAAAAGUAUCAUUAACGCAGCAACAAUCGAACGCGCCCUUUUUAACAAAGGACAGAAACCGAAUAGGUCGGGAAAUAACGCAGUUACCGAUGAAAACACGAGAUCAUGUUGCGCGAACCGCACUUAAUCAUAGAUGUACCUUCGUAAGAUUCGAUUAAUUAAAUUGAGACCUAAGAGGAAAAGAGAAGAAAGAAAUAUAUGUAUAAAUAUAAUACACUAUUACUAAAUAAAAUAUAAAGUACAGUAGCGCGCGCGCGCGCGCUACACGAAUCCGCGAUCUUUCCCACCGAAGCUCCGCCUCUCGUGGACGUCCUUUUUGUACAAAUAAUUAGACUUCUACGGGGUACCCGAAGGAAAUCUGUUUUCUCCCGCUCUCUCGACGAGAGGUAGAAACACGGAGACCCAAGGAAGACAAAUCCUCUCUCACUCUCUCGGUGGAUACAGCCGAGGUCCCUUGUAAAUUCAUUUUCCUCGGGUCUCGUUUCCGGUCUAAUUCGCGGUAUACAGCCGCCGGAGCAGACAGAGGAUCCUGAUAAUUCGUACGAGACGGUCUCACGAGCGCGAGUUAUCCGGAGGAGGAGAAGGAGGCGAUCGGAUUUCCGCGCGCCGCUGUAAAUUCGUUGAAUGACAAUACGUGUAUUUAAUACGGGAACGAGUUGUAACUCUGCUCGCGCCCGACACACUUUCUCUCUCUCUCUCUCUCUCUCUCACUCAUUUUCUCAUUCUCUCUUUCUCUCUCUCCCCUCUCUCGUAUGGGUGUAGCGAUUUCUUUCCGAAUGCGAAGCAGCUAGCUGAGAUGCGAUUCCGUUUACACGCCCGUCCACCUGAACAGCGAGGGGGCGAGGGAAUAAAUUAAUUACGCGAGUUUUCUACGUGGACGUCGAUCGGGGAAACGGUAAACGGGUCGAUUUGUGCGCGUUGAUCGAGGAUUUACGCGCCACCAAUUACGGGACACCUACGGAAUGAUGCCACUUCACGUUUCCGCAGAGGGCGGGCGGUGGACGGACGGACGGACAGCAGGCGUACCUACAUACGUGCGUGUAUCUCCAGCCGGGAAAACGCGAUCGCGGAACGCGAAGUCGCACGAGGUCCCGAAAGUUAUCGGUGUUUCUAUUCGUUUCAAGAGAGAGAGAGAGAGCGCGCGCUAUCAGGGGAGAAAACGUUGACAGAACAUUGAACGGCGAUCGUUGCGAUUUCACGGGAACAUUUACGCGUGCACGGAGAGAAAAAUAAUUUCCUGGCACAGCAAAUUUUAUACCGUCGCAGCAAAAUUAUUAUACGGGCGUCAUAAUUUGUUAAGAGUGCUAAUUCGCUGGAUUACUUUGCUGAAUCUGCAAAUUAUAUUUUGCUGUAAGAACAUAUGAAUAAAUAUAAGGAAAACGCUAUUUUGUCCUAACAGGAAAUUAACUUAUCCUAAGGGCAAAUUUACUCAGCAAAAUAUUUUUUUUAUCCUGGCAACAAAAUCGUUUCUAAUUACGAAUAAUUCGCUGCUUUAGCUAUGCCAAUUAAAUCUUAUCGCAACGACGUUUCUACUACAACAGCAUAAAUGAUUUUUCUCUGUGUGAAUCUCGCAUUGCGUACAGUUUUUAUUUUGUACGUUCCUGCGUGACGGCAUUUAAUACGUUAAUAGCUCGAUUUGAUUUUCCAGUUGGAAUGUUUACUCACGUAUCUUAUUCGCGCGGCAAGAUAAACUGUCAGAUCAUCAUCUCGAUUGCACGUUCUUUUUACACAUCGUUUAACUCACCACGACCCUCUGUUCCGCGUCUCUUUCAUCUUUAUAUUUGUAUCGCGGGAAAAGGGAAUCGAGGGUGGAGAAGAUAAAAAUAAAAGACUCGCGGAUGCGGUGUUAUAGAUUGUUAUCGUGAGAGGAUGAACAAUUUCGUCAGACUAAUUUUCUCUCCGCGCCUUGCACACUACGUUUGCAUAUAUUGUUUCUCUCUUUGUCUCUCCUUCGUUUUUAUACGAUAGUUUCAUUGAGGAUGUGUACGUAUAUACACAUAUAUAUAUGUAUUCUCGCAAGCGCGCAUGAAAGUAUCGGAUUAUCCGCUCGCGCAGUACCGCGCGGCAUUCCGAUAAAACGGGACAACUGAAUUAUGGCCUUCGGUUCUCCCAAUGCACGGGGACACUUCGCCAGCCGGUACCAUGGACUUCGGUUUUUCCACGUCGGGAAACAUCGAAUAUCGCUCUCGGCUCGGCGCGCGUAAAGAACGACGCACAUCCGACGGACGUGGUAGCGUGCGUACGUUUGCGAGCGGCAGUAUUUCUCUUUUUUUUUUUCUCCAGUAUUUCGCCCCUCGUGUGAAAUCCGCGAAAGGAGGCGCCGCCGACGAGCUCGCUCGCUCGUCGAGCAGGAGACGCGUCGUCGCGAAGACGUUCGAGGAUAACCCGCGAGCACGUUCUAAUAGUUUUGGAGCGUCAGGGACGGGGACAAAGACGGAGGUGCGACCAGGAGAACGCACCGUAAAAGUAUUAUUUUAAGGAUUUAGCGAUUUCUAGGGAGCUCUCGCUCGACGGAGGCCCGCUACUGUAAACUUAUCUUCUCGCACGUGAAAUACGUGCACGUACGAUAGCGUUAGAUGAUUUCGCGCUUGAAGGAUGAACGAUUUAGUGCGGCGGUUCCAAAACAGUGUGUGUAUGUGUGUGUGUGUGUGUGUGUGUGUGUGUGUGUGUGAUUUCACGCGAUGCGGCCACAAUAAAAAUCUCACAUGGGAUUUUAUUGAGAGAGCAAUACAUCGCAAAAAAAUCCUAUCUAACUUGCCCUUGUUACAGAAAGGCUUUCAAAAUAAUUGCUUGCUCUUUCAUUCGACGCCAGUUAUAUAUAUAUGUGUGUGUAUCUGUGUGUGUGUAUGUGUGCGCGCGCGUGUGGGAGUAUGUUCGUGUGUACAAAUGUACUGUGUGUAAAAAAUAUAUCGAUUAUUUUAUCGUAUAUACAUAUAUAUACAUAUAACCGUUUCGUAUAUUACCCACAACGACACUUUGGACACCGCUGAUUUAACGUGACGAGUAUUACUCUCACAGCUGCGUCGGUCCGAUAAUUGCAUUUCCAAGCGUUUAAGUCGCAAUUAGGUCCCGGACAAUUGCUUUUGUAAUCGCAAGACAGUCACUUUUGUAACAAAGUACGUUAAGCGAGGCGCAAUUAGCCGCUAGCUACUCCUCCCGUCGCCGUGACGCUGUGUAACUUUCAGGGAGCUGUGUAAUCGGCGAUCGUGUGUGAUAAGUAACGUGUCGUACUCGUCGUCGCCGUGGUUCGCGAAUCAUGCGCGGAAGGGUACGGAAAAAAAGCGAUCACGAUCACGUCGUUCCCCUCGAUUAAUAAUCGCGUAACCCUUUCGUUCUCUCUCAGGCCGACUAACAUAUCCUUGUCCAACGCGGAUUAACAAAGCGAAUUCAAAGCGAGCGCCUCCAAAGCAAAGGGAACGUCCCUCUUCGUUUCGCGCAUUCUCUCUCUCUUACCUCUCUGAUUUCUCCAUUCCUGCAUUUGAGUUUUGCCUCUCUCAACCCUGUACACUCUUACACUCGGAAACGAUUUAACACACCAUACAUAUACUCUUUACGCGCGCGUACACACACACACACACACACACACACACACACACACACAUGCCCACAACAUGGCCCAUACUCUUUGUUCCCGUACGAGAAACUUCGCUCGUACUCUCUCAUCGCGGAAACACAAACAGCAACCGAAACAUACGACAGACAGACAUACAAGACCAGUGUGUGGCCCUCUCUGCAAAAUAGCUACAACGCUGCUUGUGCCUCUCCGCAGAAGAAGAUUGGGAACGUGAGUUGGAGGCCGAGCUAAAGGAUUACGAGGUUGUAACCGGCAGCGGCGGUGGUAGCAGCGCUCAGGAGAGAAGCA